AUGGCAGCUACAGCCAGAGGAGAGCGUGAGAUGAUGGAAAGAGCCUCUAAAAAACUAUCAGAGACAAAGGAUCCACUAGAGAGGUUGCGUCUCCAGUGUCUGUCACGCGGGGCCAAAGGCAUCAAAGGGCUUGCAAGAAUGUUCCGGAUCAUUGAUGAUGAUGCGAAUCAUAAGAUAGACUUCAGCGAGUUCAAGAAAGGUAUCCACGACUACGGUAUUGUCAUGGAGAUCAACGAAGUGAAGUCACUGUUUCAAAGUUUUGAUCAGGAUGGAAAUCAAAUAAUUGACUUUGAUGAAUUUUUAAGAUGUUUACGACCACCCAUGUCCCAGGCCAGGAAGAACAUCAUAAUGCAAGCUUUCAGUAAACUGGACAAGACCCACGAUGGAAUUAUCACAAUUGAAGAUUUGAAAGGAGUUUACAAUGUCAAAAAGCAUCCCAAGUAUCUGAACGGUGAAUAUACAGAGGAUCAGUGUCUACAGUUGUUCUUAGAUUCCUUUGAUUCGGACAACAAAGAUGGUCAGGUCACCAAAGAAGAAUUCCAAAAUUAUUACUCUGGCGUUAGUGCCUCAAUAGACUCAGAUGCUUAUUUUGAUCUGAUGAUGAGGUCAGCAUGGAAGCUGUAGUUAAUAUUAAUUCACUGGGUGUAGACCAUACAGCCGAACGGACGAUGGAUGAUGGACAACCAAGUAUUUAAAUGAGUGAGUGAGUUGGUGAAUGAGAGAGUGAAGGAGACACACAGACAAGAAAGAAAGAGAGAGAGGGAAGGAAGGAAGGAAGGAAGGCAAGGGAAAGAAAGUGAUAGGGUGAU